AUGGCUAGGGAAGUACAUGGCGUUUUAAGCCAACAAUUAUACAUGGAAAGACCGAGGGUUGUUUCGGAUGUACGGAUUACUGCAGAUCAUAGUGUGAGUGAUGUUUGUGUACAGACGGGUGAGGUAUUUUCUCCACAGUUUAUGCGAGAUCGUGUUGCGCUAAGAAGAUUUUCUGACAUGAGUGAUGGAGAUCAACAACAGCAGCAGCAAAAGAGAACAGGUUUUGGGUUCAAUCCGAGCAACCAAUUGGUGUAUGAGGAUCUUAGUGGAAUUCUUGGACUCAAGAGGAUGAAUUCUGAAAGUAGUUCAGAAAUGUCAUCAACGCCAAUGGCUGCUUAUGCAGCUGAAAAGGACACCAAGGUUUAUCCUAAUACCACAAGCAAAUGUCAGUGGGAAUAUAACAAUGGUACUGGACAAACAUCUGUAGCAUAUGCCGACGAAACUAACCGAGGAGUUCAAAUUGGCCCCAUGGUGCCGGCCUUGUAUCCGUUGGAUUCGCCUCGUUCAUGUUAUCCUUGUGGGACUGGAUUUGGAGAUUUCUCUGCCAACGACAAGAUGAAAUUUCUCUGUAGUUUUGGAGGUAGAAUAUUACCAAGGCCUAAUGAUGGGAAGCUUAGAUAUGUAGCUGGAGAAACGCGCAUCAUAUCCAUUAGGAAAAACAUCUCAUAUGAAGAACUUACCAAAAAGACAUACGCUGUCUGUAAAUAUGCCCACACGAUAAAGUACCAGCUUCCUGGUGAAGAUCUUGAUUCACUUAUCUCUGUCUGUUCUGAUGAGGAUCUUCAUCAUAUGAUAGAGGAAUAUCAGGAGCUGGAAAACGCAGAAGGUUCUCAGAGACUUAGAAUUUUUCUUAUUUCUUCAAAUGAUUGUUGUGAGAGUCCUCCUUCUAUUGAAGGAAGGGUAGUUCAACCGAUUGAUGUGGAUUAUCAAUAUGUUGCUGCUGUGAAUGGUAUUCUAGAUCCGAGUCUUCGAAGGAGCUCCAGUGGGCAGAGUUUCACAAGCCAGAAUAGCCAGGUGGGAGCCAUCUCAGACCAUAGUUCCAAUUUUCGUACUGAUUCGUCACAUGCCACAGACGCGAAAGAUGUCAGUUCACCAAUGACAAAUUUGGCGGGAAUGUUACCUAGACCAGGUGGUCAAUUGUUAAAUCCCAUUCAAGUCCCACGCAAGUCAAUAAAUCAAUCACCUUUAAUUUCUCCGGUUACUGUAAUGCAAAAAGAUUUUAGGAAUGUGGAUGCAACAUAUGCAGAAGAUGCUAGAAACUUCACUCCAUGUGUUUCAGGAAAACAUCCAUGUGAUUCGGUUUAUUAUGUUGAUGCAAUGGGCCGUCACAAUCAUCUUUACCAUGGUUCUCCAUUGAUGAAUUAUUAUCAUGAAAAAUCUACUGCGGAAACUGAUGAGACAUACAAAGUUCUUAAUAUUCAUUUCCCACGAAGCUCAAGUGAGGAUUUUGUGCCUGCACCCAACUGGGGUCUAAGUGAUACACAUCCACUGAAAACUAUGCUCAAGGAACGGGCAGUUAAUUAUGAACAACUAUGUUCUGAUGCGGAGUAUUUGAUGCAGCUAAGAUCGGGAACCAUCCAUAUGGGACAAAGAAUUAUGCAUUCGCAUUCUGAGCCCAUACUGCUGGAGCAGGAUCAAAAGCCGAAUCAUGGAGGGCCCUAUCCACUGACCUCAUUCAAUGAUAGUGAUCAGUCACCUUCACUUGCAAUGUCAAGUUCCUUGCAGGAUUUGCCAACAAUGUGGAAACAGAGAGAUGGCAUGGAAUUUCAAGAUGCUAAAUAUGAGAAUCAUCAAAAGUUGACAUCUGGUAGAGAUAAUGAAACAUAUGGAGAAUGCAAUUUGGACAAAAAGAAGAAUAAUUUCAAUGGAAGUAUUUAUGCUCCAUCACUUAAUGAUGAAGGAAAAUACAGAUAUUUGCAACAUGCUGACUACCGACAAAAUGGUUGCCGCCCCAAAGAAGUUCAAAACCUUAGAGGUAGAUCUUCUGCCGAACGAAGUAUUGAAUUAGAAAAUUCUGCAGAUACCAUGGGUGCCCCUUCCCUCGUCUACCAUUUUGAAAGAACUGCUCCAAAAAAUUUCGAGGAGAGCCAAUAUUCUACCAAGGAUCAACCAACUAAUUCUGAUAUAGUAAGGAGCCAACCACUAUCUUGCACUUCUUCUGAUCUACUACCUCACACAAUUCAAGCUUUCAACGAUGUAAAGAUCAUAAAUCAGGAACCAACAUGGAAUAGUUCUGCUUCAGGUAGAGAGGUUUCUCUAGGCGAUGAGAACUUUGUAACCUGUCAUUACUGCAAGGUUGCAGCCCAUAGCAGAAGAAAGAGCAACUGUGAUGAUGCUAUAUCACACUCAGAUGAUUCUCAUGGCAAUGAGGAUGAAGAGUUAGCUGUAAUAGUUGAAGAUGUAACUCAUAGUAUGCCUCCUGACAUACCCUUAGCUUCAGGAAUUGUCCCACGGGUUGAAAAUGAAGCCAGCGAUGAAUUUCCAUCGUCAAGAGGAAAUGAUGCUCUGAGUUCUAGUUCAGAAACUGACCAUGAGGAUGCCGACAGUAUUCUUAGUUCAAGGGACGAUUCUAUGAGUGAGGCAGCAAUAGCUGAAAUCGAAGCAGGCAUCUACGGCCUGCAGAUAAUAAAGGAUGCAGAUCUUGAAGAACUGCAAGAGUUGGGAUCUGGGACAUUUGGCACAGUUUUUCAUGGGAAAUGGAGGGGAACAGAUGUUGCUAUUAAGAGAAUAAAAAAGAGUUGCUUCUCAGGCAGUUUUUCAGAGCAAGAACGACUGACUAGAGAUUUCUGGAGGGAAGCAAGGAUUCUAUCGACUCUUCACCAUCCGAACGUUUUGGCUUUUUAUGGGGUGGUUCCUGAUGGACCUGAUGGAACAUUAGCAACUGUAACCGAGUACAUGGUAAACGGUUCGUUAAGGCAUGUCCUUUUAAGGAAAGAUAAAGUGCUUGAUCGUCGGAAAAGGCUUAUAAUUGCAAUGGAUGCAGCGUUUGGAAUGGAAUAUUUGCAUUUGAAAAAUAUUGUUCAUUUUGAUCUGAAAUGUGAUAAUUUGUUAGUCAACUUGAGGGACCCUGAACGACCUAUAUGCAAGGUCGGAGAUUUUGGGUUGUCAAGAAUUAAGCGCAAUACACUUGUUUCUGGAGGUGUGCGUGGAACUCUUCCAUGGAUGGCACCAGAAUUGUUAGACAGUACCAGUUCUAAGGUAUCUGAGAAGGUGGAUGUUUUCUCAUUCGGUAUUGCAAUGUGGGAGAUUUUGACAGGCGAGGAGCCAUAUGCUAACAUGCAUUGUGGUGCCAUCAUCGGUGGAAUUGUAAGUAAUACUCUUAGACCGCCGAUCCCCAAACGUUGCGAUCCCGAAUGGAGAAAGCUAAUGGAAGAGUGUUGGUCUCCUGAACCUGCAGCAAGACCAUCAUUCACAGAGAUAGCAAAUAGACUUCGCAGCAUGUCGGUAGCGCUUCAGAUCAGAAAGAGGCCAAAUGUAGCAAGUAGAUGAAAGAACACAACAUCCUCUAGUAAGUCACCAUCCCUUUGAAAAUAGAAAAGAGGAAAAGAAAAGAGCUCAAAGCUUAAGCUAUUCUAUGUAAUUUGGCUUGUUCAAUAAGCUGGACCAAGCCAAAGAUCUAACUUUUAUGACUUCAUAUGCUUCCGAAAAUCUGUAGAUAUUGUUAACUGUAAUGCCAAAAUUUCAUAUUUC